AUGGCGCCGCCCCGGGGGGAGACCAAGGUGUACGUGGGGAACCUGGGCACGGGCGCCGGCAAAGGCGAGCUGGAGAGAGCCUUCAGCUACUACGGGCCCCUGAGAACCGUGUGGAUCGCGAGGAACCCGCCGGGGUUCGCCUUCGUCGAGUUUGAAGACCCGAGGGAUGCUGAAGAUGCUGUCCGUGGACUUGAUGGGAAGGUGAUAUGUGGCUCCAGGGUGAGAGUGGAAGUGUCGACAGGGAUGCCCCGUCGCUCCCGCUACGACAGGCCUCCUGCACGGCGCCCCUUUGACCCCAACGACAGAUGCUAUGAGUGUGGCGAGAAAGGCCACUACGCUUAUGAUUGUCACCGCUAUAGUCGGAGGAGCAGGAGGAGCAGGUCCCGGUCUAGAUCUCGGUCAAGGUCCCGAGGAAGAAGGUAUUCUCGGUCGCGCAGUCGGAGUCGUGGUAGGAGGUCCAGGUCAGCUUCCUAUCGUAGGUCCCGGUCCGUUUCUCCUCGUAGGUCUAGGUCGGUGUCUCCUCGCCGGUCCCGAUCAGGUUCCUUGAAGAGAUCGAGGUCUAGAUCCAGAUCUAGAUCCAGAUCUGUUACAUGGCCCCGAAGCAGGUCUAGAUCUCAUGGCAGAUCAAAAUCUGGCUCACCGGCUAAGAGUCGGUCAAAGUCCCGAUCACCAUCUCCAAAGAGAAGUCGUUCACCAUCAGGAAGUCCUCAAAGAAGUGCAAGUCCUGAAAGAAUGGAUUAAAGUUAUGAAGUUAAUCUUUUAGGAAGAAAGUUAUUUUGCUUACAUUAUUAUAAGGGAUUUUGUGGUGUCUUUGUAAAUGUAAGAAUGUAGAUAGAAGAAUAUAUCAACUAAAAUUUGGCAUGAUCUGGGUCUUCUGAGUUAGUCACGCCAAUAGACUAGCACAGGUCUCUUUUUAUUGUACGAAUUAACUUCAUGUGAUAUGAAAUGUGGGGCUUUUUUAUUGGCACAUUGAAAUAAAAUGUGUAUUUUUAAC